GAAGAAGACAACUACGGUUCAUAUGUUAACGACCUAAAGACCGGACAUUUAGCGGAGAGAAGCCGUUAGCAGGUUCCAAAUAACGGCAGAAACCCCGAGGAGUUAACUUGCUACAGACAUGGACCGACACCGGAAACCACUGCGGGUGGUUUUAAAACCGGAAACGAAACUGCGGGGAGAAGCUUUACCUUUAGAUGUCCAGAAAGUGAUUGUUGGUGAAGAACAUCAGCAGGAGUGGAGCUCCAGUCUGGACCAGGAGGACAUGAAGUGCCGCCACAUUAAAGAGGAGCAGGAAGAACUCCAGAUCAGUCAGGAAAGAAAACAGAGUCAAGGGCUGGAGGAGACUGAUGUCACAAAGGUCCCAUUUGCUCCUGUCCAUGUGAAGAAUGAGGAUAAUGAAGAGGACUGUGGAGGAUCAGAACUAACCAUGAAAUCAGUUCAAGAUGCACAUUUACAACCAGAUACUGAUGAUGAGACUGGAGACUCUUCUGAACCUGAGAAUAAUGACAGUGCUGAUUGGAAAGAGACCAGAGAACCUUGGUCAGGUUUGAACUCUAUGAAUACUGAUGAAGUCCAUGUCAGUGCUUCAAGAUGUACUACUGGUGAGAAAGACCAUGAGAAAAGAUUUGGCACCAGUGGACAUGGAGAGAGACCAUUUAGCUGCUCCGUCUGUAAGAAAUCGUUUACAGUUAGUGGAAGUUUACAGAAACACAUGAGAACCCACACAGGAGAGAGACCAUUUAGCUGUACUGUCUGUAAGAAGGAUUUUACAGAGAGGGGACAUUUGCAGCAACACAUGAGAACCCACAUAAGAGAAACCAUUUAGCUGUGUGAAGUUGAGCUCUAGUCUGGAAGAACAGUAUAGAACCUCAGUCCGUUUUAAACACAAAAAAAUGAAUAAACUUCUAAAUGUUAUAGGAGAUGUUAUACUCGGUAGGUCUUUUUUAAAAGUCUAAAUUCCAAUAAGGAUUAUUGUUGGCUUUAAAAUGUCUUUAAAUAGGACGGUGAUAGGUCUAAAAUAAAUUGUAUUGGACUAUGAAAUUAAAGUAACUGUUGACAUCCAGGGAACUCCAAAGAUUACCUUAUUCAUUUUGCAAGUUUAACUGGACUUGUUGGGAAAUAAAUCAAACAGCCAGUCCACGCAACCCCAGCCCUCUCCAAAAGGCAGCUGUUCUGCUUUCACAAGGACCCAACUCAGUCUCCCUUAAGUGAUUUUGACAACACCAUCCCUAUAAAAGCAAAAAUUGCUAUUCUUUUUUUUUUCCUCUACUCCAAAAGGAGAAUAAACAACAUUAUUGCAUCUCUUAGCUGGGGCCCAGAUCAUUUCUCAGCAAAAGCAUGGCCUACUGAAAUUAGCCAAACACAGGAACUCUUCAUCUGCAGAUGAUUAGAGUAAACCAGUUAGCAACCAACAUGUACAAAGUCUACCAGCCAACCUGAAAAAAGAUUGAGAUGCACCACAACAGAGACUGCAUCGUUUGACCUCAGAACCACUAUUCUCCCAGCCUCGCUUUCCCACCAUGAUGGAACCAGCGAACAGAUGGUUUCUUUCUGUGGUAAUGUAACCAACUGGGCUAGCAGUAGCAUAGCAACAGUGGCUAAGCAAAGCUGUUUUACAUCUGUUAAAAGAGCCCAACCUGAUACAGGAUUUUUAAGACUGAUACUGUUUGGUUAUUUAAAAAACAAUAUGC